CGGAUAUGACCGCUUAACCACAGGAACCAACUUUAGCUAGUAACGUUAGCUCUUUCUGUAGCAACAACAACUCGCUAUCGGAAUUCAAAACAAAAGCCUUCGGAAGCACGUUAUUCUGUUCAUCAUCGCCUUCGUCGUUAAUAUGGAGCUGUAGGCGCAAUCUAUAAACGAAGUGUUGAGGAAUGGUCUGACUGCAGCAGCAGCACCAGUAAAGAUGCACAGCCGUCUGCAGGAACUGAAGAAGGAAGAGGAGACUCUCCUUAAAAUCAAAGUCAUGUUACAGGACCAGCUGAACCGGUUGAAGUUCGAGGAAGGCGCCUUGAAAUCGAUCAUCAGUGCUCAAACGGAAGAAGGAGCCUCUGAACGAUCUUCCCCAGAAACUGAGGUUCAUAUUAACCUUGACGAUGAGAGCAAGAUCAAUCAAACCAAACUGCUACUGAAUGCCGCUGUAGAUUUUGAUAUGGAGGAGGAGGACGAUGAGGAGGAGGAGGAGGAGGAGGAGGAGGAGGAUGAUGAAGAUGACAAUGAGCUUCCGUUUAUGCCUGACGAAGAUGAGGACGAGGAUGAUUACUGAGGUUCUCUGUUUUACAUGAGGCCUCUAUAUUUGCACAACUGAAGAAGAACCACAUGUAACUGGACAUCUGCUGAUUUGUUGGUCCGAUUUUAUCACUUAUGGAGAUUAAUUUAUUUGGAUGAAGUGAGUUUCUGUUGCAGUUUAACAUUGCCCUCUCCUGUUUGUGAUUCCAGUUCUGUUAUUGACAACAUACUAUGUUAGAAUUCAUGUGUCAAAUUUUGUGAGAAACGUUUCACUGAUAUGCAGUAAGACAGUGUUAUUAGGUGCCUAUAGCUUAUUAGACAUGUUGCAUUGUGAGGAUAAGCAUAAAGGUGUAUGGCUGGGCCAUAUAAGAAGAUAGUGUGUAUGUACGAGAAGAUAAUUGUAAGCACAAAAUAAAAUGUUUUGCAUAGGGUUUAUCUGACCUGACAUCUUUUACAAUGUCCACUUGUUUUUCAAAUGUGAUAAAUGUUUGCUGAUGGUCAACAAG